ACACAUUUAUUUCAGAGAAGAUGACGAAACAUUUACAAAUAUUUGAUUAAUAAUUAAUUACUCCGUCCAAGAUGAAUUUUUCCAAUAACUUAAGCUCUGGGUUUCAUGAUUCUAAUACAGGGUCAGAACAGGAAACUCUGGGUGAUAUAAUAAAUUUCCUAAAAGAUAUUGACCAGUUUCUUCGAUGGAUGGAUAACACUGAUAAACUAACCUUAGAUCAAAAUGAAGUUAGAAAAUCUAUUCAACAGAGAAUACAUUUAUACAUCAGAAACCACAGAAGCGUUCAUGAAGUAUCGAGAGACAGUAUGUACAAUUCAUUUGACUCGAUUCAGCGUAGGGGGAGUAAGCUAUUGAAUGAUGAUGAAGAGUAUGAAACUGUUAUGGCCUUCAGUCCACAAAAGGUCUCUACCCCAAUGAAGAACCAAGAAGUAGGGAUAUCUACUCCAAUAAUGACCCAAACUAUGGAUUACCAAGCUGGUAAAGAAGACAUCUAUGAUAAUGUUAAACCGAUAAGUCGAGUACAAGAUGAUGGAAAUAGUUUUGAGGAUGAGUUUAAUGAAGAAGAUGAUGAUGAGGAUGAAGGGGAUUAUUCUAAAGUUGAUGUUCCUAGAAGUGAAAACCCUGUGUCCCAACUUGCAGCAAAAUCUCUGGAUAAAAACGCAGAUUACAGUGGAUGGAUAUGGAUCAAGGAAUCCAUGUUUAAGAAGAAUAGACACUGGGGAAUCAUAUAUAGAGGUCGACUUUAUCUUUUCACCGACCCUGAAUCUUUGCAUCGACAAAGGCAUUUUAGUCUCAGCAAGUUCGAGUGUAAAAGAGGAAAAUCUAGCACUAUUUCACUGAUUCGGAACACCACGGACAAACCGGAAAAAUUUAAGUUUGAGAUGGAAAACUCUGAGAUAGUUGACAACUGGGAGAAAUUUAUUCUAAAAGCUGCAAAAUAUUCAUCAAGGAACGAAAUGGACACUGAAGAAGAAGAAGAAGAAGAAGUUGGCGAAGACGACAUUUACGAUGUAGUUGAUACUGGACCUAAGUUUAUGAGACGGGUUGAAGAUUAUGAAGAGGAGUAUGAAGAAGGAGAUUACGAAGGAGAUUAUGUUGAAGAACUACAUGUUUCUCCGAGUACUCCAAAGAAAGCGAUCCAACGACCAUCAGAUCUCAACCUGACUUCAUCCUUUAACUCCGAAGAGAUAUAUGAUACUCCCAAGGUUACAACACCAGUCUAUAAAGGACCUGGAGCACAGGGUUUCAUUACUCCCAGAGAACAGACUUCAAACCAGUUCUUUAAUGAUACUAAUCCUCCUAUUAUUAAAGAUAACCAGAUAAAUAUGGAACCCUCACCUCCUCCUCUCACUCCGAAGAAGUACUCCAAACUACUCCCUUCUCCUCGCUCCUCUGUACCAGCUCCAACCACAGGACUCUUGCAACCACCUAGAGCAGGACAUGGUUUAGAAAACUCGCCUAAACGUUUUUCCGACAAUCCGAGACCAGUCAUCCAACCCAGAUUCAAUUCCAACUCUUCCAAUACUACUGAAGAUAGUACAAGUCAAGCCAGAAAUAGUACAACCCCGUCCGAUAGUAAUUUUAUGACGGAACUUCAAAAGAAGCUGAAUCAUGGUUCGUCUUUAUCCUCCUCCUCACCAUACUCCCCUUGGAGAAGAAGUGAGGAAUUAAGCCUGGAGAAGCAAACCUUGAGUAAUCCCUCCGGAGCAAGACGAAACCUGGAGAAUGAAUUUGGAUUAGAGAAACCUCAAGUUCAAAACAAACCUAAGAUUUAUGGGAGUUUAACAAAGAGCGCUCAACUGCCCAACUUUAACGGCGCUAGUAGCAGUUCUGGAGAGUUGGCAGAUAAACUAGCAAAGCAGAGACUAAAAGCUGAACCUAAAUCUUCCUUUCUUCACUCAUACCAGGAGCAAACCGUCCCGGAGAAAUCCGUCCUAACCAGUUCCAUCCAUACAGAACCUAUCUACAGCAAAGUUAAUAAAACAAAACGAACACAAGGAGAACGAGAACGUGAGUUAACGAAAUCUAAAGAAGAAAACAGCUUGCUUAACAAUUCUGCUUUAUAUAAUACUCUUGAAACCUCUAAACCUGCUCCUGUAUUCACUAAACCUCAUCUCCCACUACCUAAACCUGCCCUUCCUUCUACUAAACCUGAUAUACUCCCAGCUAAACCUGCUCUACCCUCCUAUAAACCUAUUCUUCAACCCAAACUAAGAUCAACCUCUCUAUCCAGGUUGGGAAUGAAACUGGCGAGCUAUGAUCUGGGAAUGAAAGUUAGCGGGAAUGAUUUUGCUUCAAUGUUUGUGAGUAUAGGGAAUACUGGUGGUGGACAUGGGGAUGCUAGAGAACGAUAAAUCCCCCCCUCCCCCUACUCCUCAUUCCCCAAUGUCCCCCUUCCACUCCAUACCCUUUAUAUCCCCGUUUCUCAAUAUUCUACAAAAAGACACUCCCCCCUCCACCCCACUCCCACCAUCACUCCAGGGCAUUCUUAUUAACUGAUAACAAACCAAAUUUUUCUUGUAAUUUAAUUUAUGUAUUUUAAUAUAAAUAAAGAUUAAUUUUUCUCUUUA